AUGACGUCGCUGCCCGGCGAUGCUAUCGCCUCCUCGCGGAUCAAGGUUCGUCUCAGCAUUCUCGGCACUCGGCCCGGACCCAGCUGGCGUCCAGUCCUAGGCAUAGCCAGCGUCCUGGUCUCCAUACAGUCGCUAAUGGACGAGGAGCCCUUUUACAACGAGCCCGGAACGACAUGGAUGCCGGUUUCCACCGAACAGUACAACGACAGGGUAGGACACGAAACCGUCAGGGUGGCCGUAUGCGACGUCGUGGAGGCGUGUCUUCGGGAUCAACCACCCUACCCGCCGUACCUGGUCGGCGUUAUUCUGAAGACGUUCGCCGAGUCGUACGACAAGUACGAGAGCAGGGUCAAAGCACUGGCCGAGCUGGACAGUGCCCGACGGUUGUUCCAGACGAUGGGCCUCACCACCGCGUACCUGUACGAGCCUUUGCUGUCUCGUCUAAGGCAACUCGGACAGCGGGUCAAGGAGAAGAUCGAAGCGGAUGGCACGGGCCGCUGA